AUGGUUAACAAAAGAAAAUUUACUGAAGUUAAAUCUACAUUUUCUAUAAAUGAAUGUUUCAAUUCUUUUAAAAGGCCACGCACCGAUUCUUUUAAAAAAUCGAAUUUUAUUGAUCAAUUUAAUCAGUUUCGCUCAACACUCUGUUCUGAUGAGGAAAUUGACAUUAAUUUGUUCAAAAGACUUUAUGAUUUUUUUCAAAAGAAUAUUUACAAUUCGAAAUUUAUCUCUCAAAUUGGUCCACUUUGUGAUAUUAUGUUUGUUACUAAUUUACUGAGUUGUUAUAAUUGCACUCUGAAUCAAACCGACUUAUUAAUUUUUGAUAUUUUGGUGUUACUGGAAAAUAAAUUGAAUGUUUUAGAAUAUUUUGACCAAAAAGUUAUGUGGGAUACUUUAACAAAAAUGACUAGGUUUCAUCAUAAAAAGACAAAAAGAAAUCGAAGAGUAAUUAAGGCUGACGAAAAAUGUUAUGAUCCACGCUUUGUUUUGCGUUCCCUUUUACAAAUAGUGGAAAUGGAUCUAAAGUUCAAUUGUAAAAUUAUGAUAUCUUCAAAUGCUCUAUCGUUUUGCUUUGCCUCAACAAGCUUUUACGAUUCUACUCUUCGAUCACUUGCUUAUACUGUUUUACAAAAUUUUCAAAAAAGAUUAAAGCAACAGAAUGAACAUUUUCGGCAAAAACUUCUUUUUGGAUUUUUUAUCGAUUUUUUCAAAAAUAGUAUUCUUACAGUAAAUCAGAAGGCAUGUCAAUUUGCCAGUCAAUUCUUUGCCAGAUAUUCAAAAAUAGCCUUAACACCAACAAAUCCAUUGUAUUCACCUUUAACUUCUUUUUUCAUUCAAAAACCUUUUAUGGAUUUAGAAUCUGUUCCGGAAUUUUCAAAAUUAUUUUUUAGUUCAUCUUCAGAAAAUUGUAGAGAAGAGAGGCGUUGGAUGCUUAGACUUAUUGAUGAUUCUAUUCUUGAUUUUAAUGAUUAUCAAAUAUUGGGAAAAAUUUAUGCAAUAGAAUCAUUUAUGGGUAUGUUCUGUACUCCAAUGGCAGAUUUAUGGAAUAAAUUAAUUUUACUAAAAAUUUUUCGUUCUUAUGUUGAACUUCAAGCAAAAGAUUUGUUUACGCGGUUGGAUUUUGAUACUUGGUUAACAAAUGCAAUUUAUCAUUCAAGAACAACAAUAAAAGAGAAGCUCGAAUUAACUUCAAUUUUUAAUGAGCUAGUUAAUCAUUUAAAAAAAGGCUUUUUUGAUCAUUCAAAGAUAGAGAAAAAUGAAAAUAAAUUAAAUGUUAAUCUUGAAAGAAGAAAACAACUUUUAUUAACUAAAUUAAAAAUAAAUAAACAAAAGAUAGUUGAAUAUUUAAGAACUAAUUUAUGUUUUGAUAUCGAAAAUGAUGUAAGAAGAAGAGACGAAAUUGUUUUAGAAUUAUUAGAUAAUGAAUUAUUUAAGUGA